AUGGUCUCCAAAUUGACCCAUCUUCAGGUGGAGCUGCUGGGAGCCCUGCUGGAAUCAGGGCUCAGCAAGGAGACCCUGAUCAAGGCUCUGGCGGAGUCCGAACUGCACCACAGGGACAACCAACAGCUCGGAGCCCUCCAAGUGAAGAAGGGGGAGCCUUGUAGCGAGAUGAUCCCGCAUCUCCCCAAUGGAAUGGGGGAGUCCAGGAUGUCGGAGGAAGAGACCUCGGAUGAUGGGGAAGACUUCACUCCUCCAAUCAUGAAGGAACUGGAAAACCUGAGUCCAGAAGAAGCUGCUCACCAGAAAGCCGUGGUGGAGAGAUUAUUACAGGAGGAUCCCUGGAGGGUGGCAAAGAUGGUGAAGUCCUACCUCCAGCAGCACAACAUCCCUCAACGGGAGGUGGUGGACACAACGGGCUUGAACCAGUCCCACCUCUCCCAGCAUCUCAACAAGGGCACCCCCAUGAAGACCCAGAAGAGAGCCGCCCUGUACACCUGGUACGUUCGCAAGCAGCGAGAGGUGGCCCAGCAAUUCACCCAUGCCGGCCAGGGCCUCAUGGUGGAGGACCCGAUGGGGGAGGAGCUCCCGGUCAAGAAGGGCCGGAGGAACCGGUUCAAGUGGGGCCCGGCCUCACAGCAGAUCCUCUUCCAAGCCUACGAGAGGCAGAAGAACCCAAGCAAGGAAGAGAGGGAGGCUCUGGUGGAGGAAUGCAACAGGGCAGAGUGCCUUCAGCGUGGCGUCUCUCCAUCCCAGGCCCAGGGGCUGGGCUCCAACCUGGUGACCGAGGUGAGGGUUUACAAUUGGUUUGCCAACCGCCGUAAAGAGGAAGCCUUCAGGCACAAGCUUGCCAUGGACAGCUACAACGGUUCCCAGCCCAGCUCCGUGCCCACCUUGGCCUCUCAUGGGUCCUCCUCUCUCCAAUCGGCAACUCCUCUGUCCCCAAGCAAAGUCCACGAGCCCUCUCCUCUCCAGCAGCAGCAGCAGCAGCAGCAGCAGCCACAAGGACUCUCCUUCUCGGACCCCGGCAUGAGGUACGGCCAGCAACUGGUCAGCGAAACCGAUUCCUCCAACAACAGCCAGCACAAUUCCAUCACAACCACCCAGACCAUCCUGCACCAAAUUUCCUCCCCGAGCCUCUGUUCCACCAGCUCAGGACCAGACACCAAGCUGAUAUCUGCUCCAGGGGGCUCACUCCCCCCCGUCAGUACCCUGACAGCGCUGCACAGCCUGGAGCCCAACCCACACGCCCUGAGCCAUCAAACACAGAACCUCAUCAUGGCCUCCCUCCCGGGGGUCAUGGCCAUCGGCCCUGGAGACACACCUUCGCUUGCACCAACGUUCACCAACACGGGGGCUUCCACCUUAGUCAUUGGUCUGGCUUCCACCCAAGCGCAGAGCGUCCCUAUGAUCAACAACAUGGGCAGCAGCCUCACCACCCUCCAGCCGGUCCAGUUCUCCCAGCAGCUGCACCCGUCCUACCAGCAACCUAUCAUGCAGCAGGUCCAGGGCCACCUCAACCAGAGCCCCUUCAUGGCCACCAUGGCCCAGAUCCAGGCUCCUCACGCUCUCUAUAGCCACAAGCCAGAGGUGACCCAGUAUGCACAUACCAGCCUUCUCCCCCAGACCAUGGUGAUCACAGACACGGCGAACCUCAGUACCUUGGCCAGCCUGACGCCAACCAAACAGAUCUUCACGUCAGACUCAGAGACUCCCACGGAAUCUGGGAUCCCAACGCCGACCAGCCAACCUUCGGUCCACUUGCAGGGCCAGGAAGGCUCCAUCCAGCCACACCUUCAGUCGGGACCCCGCCUGACCUCCAGCCCUGCCGUCUCGUCUGGCAGUUUGGUCCUUUACCAGAGCUCCGACUCCUCCAAUGGCCACUUGCUGCCCUCCACCCACGGCGUGAUAGAGACCUUCAUCUCCACCCAUAUGGCUUCUUCCACGCAAUAACUGGACAUUUGGCAGCCCUUGCCUGCAACCUGAGGGACUUCUCCUGCACCUGAUCCCUGCUCCUGAGAGGGAAGGCCAGGCUGCCUCCUCUGCCAGGAUUUGUAUGGCUCUUCCCCCCCCCCCCCAGCACACACAGAGGCAGACCUGAAACUUACCUGUGUC